CUUUUUAUAGUUUUUUAAUUUCUAAAUUUUUUAAUAAAUAUAAAAUUUAAAAUUUUUUCAUAAAAAAACCAACAUGUUUGCUAAAGCAACAUGAUUAUCAUAGAACAAAUUCAGUAUUUACUCGAAGGCUUUAUAAGAAGAUCAAUUGCUGUGAUCGUUGAUGGUACUUUAAAUGUGUGCAACGAAAUUUUUAAAUUUGCUAUAGUUCUUGUAAUUAUUUAUUAUUUUGGCAUUUGGUCAUUUCAAUUUUUAAACGACGUUCUACAAGAAGAUCAAGAUCAAAAUGACCUUAAUACCAAAACUGAUAUCGAAGAUCAUCAAGUUGUUGGUGAAACUUACUUGAGAAUUGGUCCUCCCGAUGAAAAUCUCAUUAAAAACAGAGCAAGCCUAUUAGAACAGUUGAAAAUUGAAGCAGAAUUCGAAGAGUAUCAAGAUAAACUCAUAAAAUCCGAAGCUGAUUUAGAAGAACAAUUUCUUAAAAAAGAAAUUCCUAAAGCACCUUUAAAAACCAGGGAUAGCGAUGAAAUUGUUCCCUUUACACAUCAGUUUGUCUCUCAAAUGAAACAGGAACUAAAUGAAACUAGUAGAGCUUCACAAACCCUUAAGUCUAGUUUGGGUAAGAAGUCAAAAUUAAGAAAUAAUUCUGAGAACAGACCAUCAACAUCGAACGAAACUAAUAACUAUCAUAUAGAGGAUGAACUUCUCAACAAAUUGGAGGCAAAUAAAGUCCCUGAUGUUAAGAAGGAAAUUCUAUCGGACUGGGAUGACUCAGCUAAGAAUGAAUCGAGAGCGGCAAAAACAAAGAGAUUAAGUAAAACCAAAGAAGAAAGACCCUCAUUUGAUGAUCAAUAUGAUCAUGAAAGUUUUCAUAGAGUUUAAUAUUCUGCAUUAAAAAUUUAAAAUGUAAUACAAAUUAUAUUAAGUGAAUUAUUAAUGCAUUUGUUGCAUAACUUUAGAAUUUUGUUUUUCUUUAUGUGACCAUUUACAAAAUAUGAAAUUUUGCAAAAUUCUUUCUUGAAACUUCAA